AAGAGGGAGCUUUCAUCGUUGACAGCAACCGCUUCCUUCUUCCAAUUCGAACAACAUGGCGGCCAUCUUUGAGCAGUCUCGGAAUUCCGGCACCCUCUUUCUUGGAGGCCAGAAACUCAGUGGACAAGAUAUCCGUGACCAGAAUGUCCUUGCAACCCAGGCUAUUGCCAAUGUCGUGAAGAGCUCCUUCGGCCCCUCCGGCCUCGAUAAGAUGUUGGUGGACGAUAUAGGUGAUGUUACUGUGACAAACGAUGGAGCGACAAUUUUAAGUCUGCUGGACGUGGAACACCCAGCUGGAAAGAUCUUGGUGGACCUCGCUCAACAACAGGAUAAGGAGGUUGGUGAUGGGACGACGUCUGUCGUUCUCAUUGCUGCAGAGCUCCUUCGCCGGGCAAAUGAAUUGAUGAAAAACCGGAUACACCCAACAACAAUUAUUACUGGAUACAGGCUAGCGCUACGCGAGGCAGUGAAAUAUAUGAACGAGAAUAUUAGUACAAAGGUUGAUAAUCUUGGCAGAGACAGCUUGAUAAACAUCGCGAAAACAUCCAUGUCGAGCAAGAUCAUUGGCUCUGACGCUGAUUUCUUUGCCAAUAUGGUCGUCGAUGCCAUGUUAUCCGUCAAGACAACAACGCCGACGAACGAAGUAAAGUACCCUGUCAAAGCUGUGAACCUGCUCAAGGCACAUGGAAAGAGCGCGACAGAAUCCAUUCUAGUCAACGGCUAUGCAUUAAAUUGCACCAUCGCUUCCCAGGCCAUGCCUACUCGUAUUACUGAUGCGAAAAUCGCUUGUCUUGAUAUGAACUUGCAAAAGGAGAGAAUGAAGCUUGGCGUCCACAUCACUGUGGAUGACCCUACGCAACUGGAGAAGAUUCGCGAACGGGAAUCUGGCAUCGUCCUUGAGCGUGUGGAAAUGAUUCUAAAAGCCGGUGCUAAUGUAAUCCUAACGACGAAGGGUAUCGACGAUCUAUGCCUUAAGAUGUUUGUCGAGAAAGGUGCGAUGGCAGUGAGAAGAUGUAAAAAGGAGGAUUUGCGGCGUAUCGCGAAAGCCACAGGUGCCACCCUACUUAGCACCCUGUCGGAUCUCAAUGGUGACGAAAAGUUUGAGCCGUCAAGUUUAGGACGUGCCGAUGAGGUCGUCCAGGAGAGGAUUUCCGACGAUGAGUGCAUCCUAAUCAAAGGCACAAAGGCACACACUUCGGCGUCAAUUAUCCUUCGUGGAUCAAACGAUUUCCAGCUCGACGAAAUGGAAAGAUCGGUCCAUGACUCACUUUGCGCUGUCAAGAGAACUCUUGAAAGUGGAAGUAUUGUCCCUGGAGGUGGUGCUGUAGAGACGGCACUUCACAUUUAUCUUGAGUAUUUCGCGCUCACAGUGAAUUCGCGAGAGCAACAGGCCAUCGGCGAAUUCGCCCAAUCUCUACUUAUCAUCCCCAAAACCCUCUGUGUCAACGCGGCCAAGGAUGCCAUCGAACUAAUUUCUCAACUUCGCCGCCGGCACGCCAUCUCCCAGUCUCGUGAUGAGGACAAAGCUACCGAAGAAGAAAAGGCCCUUGCGAAACGCAAGGCCUAUCAGAAUUAUGGCCUUGAUUUAAUGAAGGGCAAGGUUGCCGAUUCCCUUAAAGCCGGUGUCUUGGAGCCGAGCAUGAGCAAGAUUAAACAAUUAAAGAGUGCGGUGGAGGCAUGCAUUGCCAUUAUGAGGAUUGAUACCUUGAUCAAGUUGGAUCCCGAGCAAAAGGCUGAGGAUGAUGGACAUGGCCAUUAAAAAUCUUGUUAUGGUCUCUCUUUAGAAAAUUAUAUGGGAAUUAUGUGGGAAUCCACUGAAAUGGAAAAAUUAUCUUGUACCUGCCCGAUUUCAUCUGAUCGCCUGUCCUAAAGAUAGUUCUAUAUGUAAGGUUCAUGCGUG